AAACAACCAGGCUGCCGUUACAGCUCCCAACGGCUACUUCCGAUUUCAAAUCCCUUCCCCUUCUCCUCCGCCCUCCACUCCACACCUCUCGCCCCAUCUCCCUUUCUUCUCCACGGAUUUCCGCGAACCUUGAACUCGUUCGUCUCCGGAUCCACCAGCCCGACCCCCCCAAAUCUCACCUCCCGAAACCCUAACCGGCCGAUCCCCCCCACCGAUGGCGCCGCCCACACCCUCUCCCCGGCCGGGGCUGACGCCGACGCCGCAGGGGGGCGGCCUGGCGACGCCCCUCAGGACGCCGACCUCCAAGCACCGCCUCCACUUCCCCGCCGCCACCCCGAAGAACGCCCACCACGGCGGCGGCGGCGCCGCCACGGAGCACCCGGUCGAGGUGAUCGGCCGCAUCCGGAACCUCGCCUCGGGCGGCGCGUCGGCGCUGGAGAUCGCGGGCGGCGGCACGGCCGUGCGCGUGCGCGGCGACGCGGGAGGGUGCCGCGACUUCACCCUCGACGGCGUCUCCGUCUCCGAGGAGGAGGACCUCGAGGGAUUCUACCGCCGCUUCGUGCGCUCCCGGAUCGAGGGCGUCCGGGUCGGGGCCAAGUGCACCGUCAUGGUCUACGGGCCCACGGGCUCCGGGAAGAGCCACACCAUGUUCGGGUGCGCCAAGCAGCCCGGGAUCGUGUACCGCGCGCUCAGGGACAUCCUCGAGGGAGGAGGAGGAGGAAGAGGGGGUGACGGCGAUGGUUCCGGCGGUGGCAGCGAGGAUGAUGCCGGGUUUGGGGCCGGGCUCUUCGUGCAGGUCGCAGUGCUUGAGAUCUACAACGAGGAGAUCUACGAUCUACUUGUAGGAAGCGGUGCGAAUGCUCGAGGAAACGCCCCCAAGGCGAGGCUUGAAGUUAUGGGGAAGAAAGCCAAGAAUGCUACAUACAUAUGUGGAAAUGAAGCUGGGAAGAUAUCGAGAGAAGUUGCCAAGGUGGAGAAGCGUCGAACUGUCAAAAGCACGCUUUGUAACGAGAGAAGUUCGCGGAGCCACUGCAUGAUUAUCCUGGACAUCCCUUCUGUUGGAGGAAGGUUAAUGCUUGUAGACAUGGCUGGAUCUGAGAACAUCGAGGCUGCAGGACAGACCGGGUUUGAAGCCAAAAUUCAGACAGCAAAAAUUAAUCAAGGAAACACUGCUUUAAAGCGAGUGGUUGAGUCCAUUGCUAAUGGUGAUUCCCAUGUUCCCUUCAGAGACAGCAAGCUCACGAUGCUACUACAGGAUUCAUUUGAGGAUGAUAAAUCAAAAAUCCUGAUGAUUCUGUGCGCUAGUCCUGAUCCAAAGGAACUGCACAAGACAGUUUCUACGUUGGAGUAUGGUGCUAAGGCCAAAUGUAUUAUCCGUUCUGCUCAUGCCGCAACACCUAGGGAGAAAAUGAGCUCCGAAGAGUCAUCAGCAAUGCUUAAUUCAAGAAUUGUUGCGAUGAAUCAGUUCAUUUACAAGCUUCAAAAGGAGAACAGAUUGAGGGAGAAAGAGCGCAAUGAGGCCCAGAAUGUGCUAAGGCUGAAGGAAGAGGAGCUAUCACAACUGAAAGCAAAGCUCAAGCUGAUGGAAGGGCAGGAAAAAGCUGCUAAGGAGGAGACGGAGAAGACCCAGGCAUUGAGGAGUGAACUAAUGAAGAUGGAAGAGAAGAUGCUUAGGCAGCAGGAAGAGCUUGCUGCACUAAAACAGCGACUACAGGAGGUUGAGCGUGAAAAGACAGAUGCUUGUCAGCCAGUGCAGCAGGAUCUCAUUGGAAGUAGAUUGUUGGCAAGGCUUUCAGAGAUGCCUGCAGGGUUUGAUCAAUCAAUGUCAAUGGUCAUGUCUAUGGAGUUAGAUAUGGGAGAUCAGCCACAAGAUGUCAAGGUAAUAAAGGAGGAUACUCGCCACCAGGGCCACAUAUGGAAUCACACAGCGACAGCAGGUGUUUGCACCGGUGCUGUGGUCCAAGAAGAUGAUGUUAGGCUAUCUGGGUAUCCGGAAAAGGUUGUCCUAAGCACUGUAUUCGAGGAGGGAGAUGAUGAGGAUGCAGAAGGGGGAAAUGGUCUUGAAGAGGAGGUGUGCAAGGAGGUUGUAGAGGAGAGCUUCAAGGUUGACAUAACACAAGAUGCGCUGGCUGACCCAGAUGAUCCUGCAACAAGGAAGCAUCGGAUUGAGAACAUAUUCAGGCUCUGCGGGAACCAUCGGGAACUAGCUAAGAAACCAAAGGUUCAGUCACCAGCAAAGGAAGUGUUUGGAGAUCAGAACAAGUCACCAGCAAAGAAAGUUUUUGGAGAUGUGAAGAAGUCACCGGCAAAGCAAGUUUUUGGAGAUGAAAACAAGGAGCCAUCAGCAUGGGGAACCAUGGACACCCCUAUGUGCGACGUCAAAGUAACUGACAGCCCAGUAUCUUCACAGCUUUCACCAAUUGUAUGCCAAGUUGUGGAUGAACCAUUGUCAGAGCAGCUAAAAUUAUGCAGUACGGUGCAAGAAAGUGAUCAGAACAAGGAGAACAGUGUUGCAGGACAGAAGGAGCAGGAUGGCCUGUUGGAAGUAUACAUCAAGUGGGAGUCCGGAAAUCUGAUCAAAGGGCUAAAGUUACUGCCGAACUCGUGCCUUUCAGAAUUGAGGAAGCUCAUAGAGGCUCACUUUGAAGAAGCAGGCAGCAAACAGCAGCAGCAGUUCACUUUCCUCCUCCUCGGGGAUCCUUCUGGUGGACCGGUGUCAAGGGAGAAGGAAGCUUCGGUGCAGAUUAGCAAGUUGCCUCACUGGAACAACCAGCCAAACAGCUACCUGGCCUGCCUGCGGGCAGCCAAGAAGCCGACGGUGGAUCACAUGCCGUUCAGCCCGCUGGAAAGCAAGCUGAACUCGGUCGUAAAGGACGCACACCUCGCCGGCAUGUUGUCGCCCAAAGCCGCCAACCAGAUGAGCCCUAACUACAUCCGGGAGCUGAGAGCUUGAGCUCCGGUAGAGUAGUAGAAAGCUGGUCACAUUUGUUACCCGUCGCUCGCGGCGACCUGGUUGGUGUAUCGUCUAUGUAUGAUCGGUCGCUUAGUUUCUGUAAGAUUAGAUUACUAGUCUGGUUUCGCAGCCGGAACUGUCCACCCGUGAUGUAAUCAUGUUAUUCUUGCAUGACCGGCAGGAGGAGCAGCUUGCAGAGCUGUUCCGGAACGCUGGGCGUCGUUGGACCUGUGGCCAUACAUCCGUGGCCAGCGUGAUUCGUUUGAAUAGAUCAAUUUAUUCAUGCCUGUUUUGCCU